ACUUUACGUUUUAUUCCAUGUGCCCAUGUCUGUCAUUCGAUGUACUCGGAUCUCUUAUGGAAAAAAUGGUUUCUGAAAUAAUGGGAUAAAGAAGUGUCAGAAGUCCGAGUACCUAAUCCAUCUAAUUACAACUCUCAAAAAUUUAAACAUGGAUAGAUAAUAGUAAUUACCAUCGCGCCAUUAAAACCACAGCCCUUAGAUAUUUAAUCAAUUUUCAAAAGCAGGUAAUGCUGGAAGAUUCAGUCCUGUAGUACGGUAGCUCCUUUACUUUCCCAUUUUACUGUGUUGUGCUGGAGACGUGUUCUGGAAACAGCAGGAGCAGAAUGGAGAAGAAUGAAUUGAUGACUGCAAUAUUUGUGCUUGGGAUCCUGAGUGGUGAAUGCAUGAAUCUAAUUAAGACAAACCCACUUGAAUUAUGUCCGCAAGAGCAUCUCCAGUAUGGUACGCUGUGUCCUUCAAUGAUGGAAGGAGAAAAUGAAGAACCUUUUGUCAAAUUCGCUGAAUGGGUACCUCAUUUUAGCUAUAAUAACAUUUCUAGUUAUGGAAUGGAAGUUAAAAACUGGUGGGAAAGGUCUGUCAGAGUGGUAUCUGUGGAUGAAUUUGGAGCCAAAGGAGACGGAGAGACUGAUGAUUCCAAGGCUUUCAAGAAAACAUGGAAAGAGGUGUGUUCAUCAGCCUAUACAGUAUUCCUUGUGCCCCAUGGGAAGAAGUAUCUUGUCAAGCCUGUUAGAUUCUCUGGCCCAUGCAAAUCUGCCUUGACCCUUCAGGUUUCUGGAACAAUCAUUGCACCUGGAGACCCCAAGGUUUGGGAAGGGUUAAAUCGAAGGCAAUGGCUUCGUUUCAAAGGAAUAAAUGAUUUAACGGUAACUGGUGGAGGGACAUUUUAUGGAAGUGGAGACCAAUGGUGGGCACAAUCUUGCAAAAUCAACAAAACAAAUCCAUGCCAAUCAGCUCCAACAGCAGUCAUAUUUGAAUCAAGCAACAAUCUGAGAGUGAAGAAUAUAAUUGUAGAGAACAGUCAACAAAUGCAUGUCAAAUUUAGAAAAUGUGUUGGGGUACAUGCAGACCAUCUCAAGGUUUUAGCUCCUGCCCAUAGUCCUAACACUGAUGGCCUUCAUAUCAGUGCCUCCAGACAUGUAGUUAUUACGAAUAGCAUUAUUGGAACAGGUGAUGAUUGUAUUUCCAUAGUAGGUGACUCAUUCAACAUCAAAAUUAAAAAUAUCAUUUGUGGACCAGGCCAUGGGAUCAGUAUUGGAAGCUUGGGCAAGGGGAAUUCAGAGGCGCAGGUAUCUGAAGUGAAAGUACAUGGUGCCUCACUGUAUAAUACGAAAAAUGGGCUCAGGAUCAAGACAUGGCAGGGUGGCUCUGGGUCUGCUAAGGGGAUCAAAUUUCAGAAGGUCCACAUGGAGAAUGUCAAACAUCCUAUCAUUAUUAAUCAGUUCUACUGUGACUCUACGAAGCCAUGCCCAACUAAGGCAUCAGCUGUGAAAGUAAGUGACAUUACAUUCAAAAACAUCAAAGGAACAUCAGCAACCAAAGAAGUGAUGAGAUUUGCUUGCAGUGACAUGGUUCCUUGUGAGAACAUAGUCUUACAAGACAUUGAUCUCACGUUAUCUUCAGGAAGCACACCAACAACCUUCUGUGAAAACGCCAUAGGUUACACUAUCGGCUCUGUCAGCCCCCAGUCAUGUCUUCAAAGAUGCCAGCAAUGCAAGGAAGAGCAUGCCAUCACACAUAACUUUUCUUAUCUACCAAAAGAUGAACUAUGAAUUUAUUUUCCUUCUAUUCUUUUGAAAUUUCCAAUCUCAACUAAAACAUAUAUGUAGCUUUACCGUUUCCAUCUUCAAGGAUAGCAAUCAUUUUUUAUUUCGAGUAAUUCACUGUAAGCCAUGUUUAUUUAUGUAUGUCAUUUGUUCCAAAUGAAAAACGCCCACCUACAUUGGAAAUGACAUUUGUACCCAACAAUAUCAUUUUUUAUCAGGCAGAAUAUUUUUCUUUGAA